UGACUAGAUAAUGCCGUUUUGUGUUUGUGUUUCUUUUCAUUAUCUCUUUUUCUCUGUGUUUUCAAAUGUGGCGCUCCGUGCGUCAUGGCCACCUGACUCCCUCUCUCUCUCUCUAGCGAAUAUGUUCCGACGAAGCGGCGGUAGAGACGUACAGACCACUUGCACUGUUUGUGUUGAUGUUGAGGACGGGUAUGCCCCAUGCUCUUGUGCGUAGAGGCGUACAAACGUAUAACAAUAACGGGAUAUUGCGCGCCUAGUGCAUGCUUUGGCGGCAGAAGAAGUUGGUGCAUAGAGGACGCGUUAUCGGCUGGUGCAUCGCAUCUUUGUGGCAGAGGCCUGUCGGCGGUGUGCAGAAGCCGGGGGCUGGAUUUGGUAUGUCGCAGGGACGCACUGUCAGUGCAAUGAAAGCAGGAAGAGGAGAGAGGAGGGCACCCUUUAUGACCCAGGACUGAUGUUAAGCCAAACCAGUGUCAUAAAGUGAUGGCAGUGCGACCUCAGCCUAUCUACAGUGCCCACAGAUCACUACAGAUGGACAGGCUGCACACCUGAGCUCCAGCCGUGCCCCUGCUCCUGUCCCUCUGCCUCCCCCUACACCCCUCCUCUUCCUCCUCCUCCUCUCCCUCUCUCCUUCUGCCUGUCCCUCUGGUUCACCCUUUGUCAACCCCACAACUGUAUCUUUGGACUAUGGCGUGUUGUGGUCGCUCCCUGGACUCUCCCUGCACACUGGCACUGCUGAUUGGUUUCCAGUUUGCCUUUGUGCUAUAUUUUUCUCUUGGUGGAUUCAAAGGGUUAGUUUCAGUGCUUGUUCACACCAUAGAGCCAGAGUUUGACUACUCAAGACCCCAUGACGUCUACACCAACUUAAGUCAUUUGGGAGUACCACCUCCACCACCCCGCAAUGUCGGCAUGGGACCACCACCAACAGGACCUCCGCUUAAAGACUGCCAGAUUCCCUCACCUUUGCUAGUUGGUCCAGUGUCAGUGCGCCUGUCCUCACCCCUGUCCAUGGAGGAGAUCAGGCAGAGGAACCCGCUGGUGCAGCCCGGAGGCCGAUACAGACCUCCAGACUGUGAGCCACAGCACCACACAGCUAUAGUGGUGCCUUACAGAAACAGACAAACUCAUCUGAGGGCACUGCUCUACCACCUGCACCCCUUUCUACAGAGGCAGCAGAUUCACUACAGCAUUUAUAUAGUCCAGCAGUGGGGAAACAGUACCUUUAAUCGAGCUAAACUUCUAAAUGUCGGGGUCCGAGAGGCGCUCAGAGAUGAAGACUGGAGCUGUAUUUUUCUGCAUGACGUGGAUUUACUUCCAGAAAAUGAUCACAACACCUACACCUGCCACAAACAGUUCCCCACACACCUCUCAGUGGCUAUGGACAAGUUUAGAUACAGACUUCCAUACCCACAGUAUUUUGGAGGGGUGUCUGCUGUGACUCCAGACCAGUAUAUGAAAAUGAAUGGCUUCCCAAACCAGUACUGGGGAUGGGGCGGGGAGGAUGAUGACAUUGCUGCCAGAGUUCGAUUGUCUGGUAUGAAGAUUGUGCGCCCCCCAGUGGCCAUUGGACAUUAUAAAAUGAUCAAACAUAAAGGAGACAGAGGAAAUGAACAGAAUCCACGAAGAUUUGACCUGCUGAAGAGGACCAGGCUAAACUGGCGCUCUGAUGGCCUUAACUCUCUGACAUAUGAGCUCCUGUCUAAAGAGCUGGAGCCCCUCUACACCAACCUCACCGUCAACAUUGGAGACGACCCUCACCUGCCUCACGGAAAAGUCCCAAAUCCUGCCAAAGUACCAGUCCCACAUGCCAGCAACCAGAAUGGACCAAAACAGGAACCAGAACCAGAGAUCCACAGAACUGCUGCAGCCAAUACAACUGUCAGUGUGAAAACAGAACUAACUAAAGUAAAUGGGACCACGCAAAGGAAGGCCCAUUAAACUCCAGAGGAGAAAUAACUACUUACUGCUGCAUUAAGACAGAAACUGAAUGAUCAACUCAGUCAUAUCCAAGUAACCAUUCCCAGUAUAAUAACCAAGACAGUCAAUAGAUGCUGCUUUAUUAGACUAAAUCAAACAGGCAUAACAUUAUGACCACAGACAGUGAUGAAGUCAUACCCAGUCUCUUUGUUGACGCUAGGCCUGUCAGGAUAUAUUACUGAAGUAACUAUAUAUAAUACUGAAACCAAACCAUCAAGCAUAAUUAUCCCCCCAAAGGUAUUCUUAAUGUACAAUAAGCUUAAAUAUUGUUGAGCUUUGAUAAAGAACACUUAAUUAACAAGUAAUUGGUUUAUAAUUUGAGUUCAUAAUUCCACCUUCUUCAGCUCAAAUCGAACAAUUUAAGACCAAAAUGAUGAGGCUCACAGCAGCAGUAACAGUAAUUUUUCAAUGUAAAGUCAAACAGAGUUGGAAAUAGAUGAAGCUGAAAGCGUGCCCAUUAACACUUCCUAUUUGUAACGCAGCAUUGGGACUCACGUUAGAUAAGAGAAAUAAGAACCAAGAAAACUUUAAUUGCCAUUAUCAGUGAACAAAAAGAAUACUAAACUUAUAUAAUUAUGACAAAAUUAAAAUGCUUCAUACAAUAAAGUUAAAAUAAAAUAGAGGCUUUUUCUGAAUAUAAGAAAUCACACAUUGGCACCAGGAAUAGGCAUGUGGUCAUAAUGUUAUGCUUGAUGAGUGUAUACAAGCUGUAAGUGACCCACGCAUAUUCAAUGACACUCCAGGCUACUGUUGUCCACUCCAGUGUGGGCGAGCGUUAUCUGUGCCUUCUCUCUUUUCUGUGCAUUUUAUAGACCAAUAGAGAUGCUUUUAGACGUGAUCUGGGGCUUUUUGAACUGUUUUUUCUCUGGCUCAUUGAUCCCAGAUCUUUGUGAGGACUGCCGUUUUAUAACUGUGUGCAUCGCUUAUAAUCCUAGAGUUUAUAUUUCUAUAGAGACUUUUUAUCUUUUAUUUAAUAUUAUGUUUAACUUAUUACAGUCUGGUGCCUCUUUUAGUUUCUAGACAAUCAAAGUAAAUUGGUUUCAUACAACAUACAAGGAAAUACAGUCAUGGCCAGAUAUUCAUUAUAGUGGCAUGAUAGUUGUCGUCUAGUCUAACUAUAUUCUUAAAACACAGAGACUUACAAUACAAUAUAGGUGAAUUUAUACAUUUACUUUGGUGUUGGUGUAAAACAAGCCAGCAAAUGAUAUAUGUGGUGACACAUUCACUUUGAAUGAUAAAGAAGCACUGUGUUUUUUUUUUGUUUUUUUUAGGGCUAGCGACUUGCAGGAAAGAUGCUUACUUGAGCCUAGUGCACUGACUAUUACUUAGUAUACUAUUAACAGCCCAUCUGCUAUAAUUUUCUUCCAACAAACAUCAUUUGACUAUUUUUGUAAAAUAGGCAACAGUUCAUAUGAAUAUAUUCAACACAGCAUAAUUAUCAGAGGUGGAUAAGACACAUUUACUUCACUAGUCUUCUUGAUGAACAGAAAAGUUUUCAGUACCUUUGAUUUGUACAGUCAAACUAAUUUCAUGGUAAAAUGUGUUGCUUGCCAUUCAUUUGGUAGCAGUUUUAUUAGUAGACAGUUCUGUUUAUUUUAGCUGUUUAAUUUCAGCUCAACUCCACUGAGCAUUUUACCUCUACUUGAAUAGUGUCUUUGAACAAACAUGGGCCUAUUUUAUUUGGCUACUUCUACCUCUGAUAAUUAUUAUUAUUAUUCAUCAUUAUAUAGCCAUCAUUAUAAUUUAAACACUGUGCCUCUCGAGUUUCAACCAUCAGCUUGUUAUUGAUAAUUUAUGUUGUUGUUAAAUUGAAUUUAAAAUAUAAUUUAAAAAUGGUGUGUUUAAAUUGCUGUGGUGAAACAGCGCCCUCUGGAGGUGCAGUCUUAUGCAGCGCCAGCUUUUGAUCGAAGCUGCAGUGUUGUGACAUGAAUGUUGAUGAUGAAAAUUGGCCAUUCACAGUUUUCAGCCAAUCCAAUCUUUGCUUUGCGGUUAGCAUAGUGUCACAUGACUGCGUUUGUGAGCUUAAAGGUACAGAACUGCAUUUCCACUGGUUACCUUACCCAAAAACAUGUAGACACUUUUAUGAAUGAAUAGGCCAUUGUUUUAUAUGAAGAGUAAAAUUAUUAAUACAGAGAGAUAUGAUAAUAGUGAUAAUCCAUUGCUGAUAAAUUGUACUUUGUUAGCUUUAUACUACUUACAGGAAAUAUUUAGUUGCAUAUCAAUAAAUAUUAUACAUUUAUCAUAUUGCCUGCUUUAAAGGAUGUUAUGUGAACACAGCCAAUAACCGUUAACUGUGUGCUACCAGAUUGUUCUAUAUUUAUGCAUAGAUUACUGUGUAAAAGGUCACUGUUCAUUUCUGACAGAUUAGGUAUUCUAAAGGCAAAGUGCUGGAUUAUGUGUUGAAUGCAUGUGGCAAUGUUUGUGUGUCAAGUCAUGUUCAGAUUAGAAGACUUCGGCAAAAUGGGACAUGACUGUAUUCAUAGGAAGUGAAUAAAAGUAAUUAUUUAUCACAUA